AUGACUCCACCAACUAUGUUACAAACUACCACGACUGAGACAUUCCACUUGACUCCAAGUGGAAACCGUCAAAUCAAUUUGAAAUCCAAUGCGGCUAAUGGCGAGGUUAAAUUUGCUGACUGGGAAAAAUUUCAAUUUGCUCCAAUUAGAGAAUCAACUGUUUCCAGAGCAAUGACCAGGAGGUACUUUGCUGACUUGGACAAAUACACAGAAUCAGACGUUGUUAUUGUUGGUGCUGGAUCUGCUGGUUUAUCUGCUGCAUAUGUUUUGGCCAAGAACAGACCGGAUUUAAAGAUUGCUAUUAUUGAGGCAUCAGUUUCCCCAGGUGGUGGCUGUUGGUUGGGUGGUCAAUUGUUCUCGGCCAUGGUGUUGAGAAAGCCAGCUGACCAGUUCUUGGACAACUUGGGUGUUGCUUAUGAAGACGAAGGUGAUUACGUUGUCGUCAAGCACGCUGCUUUAUUCAUGUCAACCUUACUUUCAAAGGUUUUGCAGUUCCCCAAUGUCAAAUUGUUUAAUGCCACCGCUGUUGAGGAUCUAAUUACAAGACGUGAUGAAUCCACUGGGGAGUUGAGAAUUGCUGGUGUUGUCACCAACUGGACAUUGGUUGCAUUGAACCAUGACACUCAAUCAUGUAUGGACCCAAAUACCAUCAACUGUAACGUGGUUUUGUCUACUACUGGCCACGAUGGUCCUUUUGGUGCCUUCUCUGCUAAGAGAUUGGAGGAGUUGGGAAAAGCUCCAAAGGACAUCACCGUUGGGUUCAAACCUAGCGGUGAGCAACAGCCAACACAAACCAACUCUGCAUCUGUUUUUGAAUUGGGAGGCAUGAGAGGUCUUGACAUGAACAAAGCAGAAGAUGCCAUUGUCAAAGGAACAAGAGAAAUUGUUCCCGGUUUGGUGAUUGCUGGUAUGGAAUUGGCUGAAGUUGAUGGUUCCAACAGAAUGGGGCCUACUUUCGGAGCCAUGGCUCUCUCCGGGGUCAAAGCCGCAGAAUCUGUGUUGAAUGCAAUUGACAUCAGACAGAAGCAAAACCAAACUUGCUACGGUGGUUUAAAAGCCUGA